CAAUUUUGGGCGCUGGUGGUUUUUUGACGUUUGCUUGAUCCAUCCAGAGAAAAAAAACCGACACAUCGUCAACCUCCCUUUCAGCGACCAUUCCCAUCACUUUGCCGAGACAGAAACAGUCCGAGUCGUGGGAAAUUAUUCGCCAACCUCUACAAAAAAAAACCCAGUCAAGAUGUCGUACAACAAGGACAAGGACAUCGGCGGCGAGGCGCCCAAGACGCACAAGAUCCGCAUCACCCUCACCUCGCGCAAGGUGCAGUCGCUCGAGAAGGUGUGCACCGAGCUCAUCGAGCGCGCCAAGUCCAAGGACCUGCGCGUCAAGGGCCCCGUCCGCCUGCCGACCAAGACGCUCAAGGUCACGACCCGCAAGACCCCCUGCGGCGAGGGCUCCAAGACGUGGGACUGCUUCGAGAUGCGGAUCCACAAGCGCCUCAUCGACCUCAACGCCCCGACCGAGAUCGUCAAGCAGAUCAUCGUUAACAUCGAGGCUGGCGUCGAGGUCGAGGUCACCAUCGCCGCCUAGGCGGGGUGACGACGACAGCAUGGCUGGGACGGGAUGGACAGUGUGCCGACGACCGGCUUUCGAGACGGACCGGUCUAGACCUGGCGGGCGGCCAAGAGAGUGUGCUCCGAGAGGGCCUUGAACUGUCUUGGGACGACCUAGGAGCUAGGAUUCAGAUAUUCGUGCCCAGUCAAAAACAUCAAAAUCCAAAAAAAUAACGUUACGACAAAAGUUGCGUUUAUGGACGCUCAAUUCUCCCUCCUUUCAGCGCGCCC